AUCGAUGGCGCAGAGGCCCGCUUGACAGGACAAUAAACCACAAAGAAGGGCCUCUCCCGCACCGGCUUCCCGCACCGUGAAGACGCAGCGAUGCCCCGGCAGCAGAGGGAGGACCCGGCUCCGUCUCCGUCCCGCCGCCUCGGCCUGGCAUCCCUCCGCCUCCCGACACUGAAGCCCGGCCACCACUUCCCAUGAGGCCACCACCAGAACUCAGCUCGACCGCUCUGUAUGGGGCCUCUCACAUAUGAAUUGACAUGGAGGAUGAAGAUGGGACUUGUCUACUUGAUGUUUUGUGUGACCCCCAAGCCCUGAACGACUUCCUUCAUGGGACCAAUGAGCUGCAGACUGAAGACCUGCUCAUUAACUCCUCCUCUGGGGAGCCCUCCCUCUUCACAGACGCCCCGAGCCCCGUCUCUCUGCUGGGAGAUGGCAGGGAUUCCCCAGACACGCCUCCACCUGGGUGUGUGGAUCUGUCCUUCCUGGAGGAGGCCCUCCUGUCAUCGCCGGAGGGUGGAGAAGACGCACAGGUGGUGCAGGGUGGGACUCCUGUGGAGGCUGGAUUUGAGGCAAAGAAGGGAGAGGUGGAGGAUGCGGAGGAGGCAGAGGUGGCGUGUGAUAUCCUCCAGCAGAGCCUGCAAGAGGCCGAGAUCACAGAGCAGACCAUGGCUCUGGAGGCAGGUCUGGCCCAACCGGGGGACAGCCUGUCCCUGUACUCCCCUGCUCCUCUCCUCUCUGCACCCACCGUACCCUUCAUACCUAAGUCUGUGACCUUGCCCAUCACCCCGGCGUUGCCCAGAGACACCCAGGCGGCGGUGGAGCCUCCGCAGCCCUCCCUCCUGGCUGUCGGACCGGGCUGCCCCUCUCUAAAACCUGCCGCCCCUCCUCAGCUGAUGGGGCUCCUGCCUGGAAACGUGUUCCCAGCUGCGUCUCCAGAGACCUCCUUCUCUCUGAGUCCUGCCCAGGCAUCCAGUAUGAUCAUCCACAAGGCUGUUCCCAGUGUGACCAGUCGCCCCCUUAUCACCCCGACCCUGAGAGCCACAGCAGCAGCAGCUCCGGGCAUCGUCCUGCAGCGGGCCCCUCUCCCCAUCCAACCCAAGCUGCCCAUCAGCAUCCAGCCCAGACUGGUUCAAAUUAGCCCCAAACCUUCUGGGCAGAAACACACUCCAGGUCUUACGUUUGUCCCUGGGACUGCAUCAUCAAAUAUUUUACUCUCCCAAACUCCGGGCCAAAAGCCUGCAGCUCCGCCGCCGCAGCCCGCCCAGCAGCUCCCAAAGCCGGUCAGCCUGCAGCUGGUCAACCAGGGCGGCUCCUUCGUGCUCCAGCCUCAGGGACUCUUCCAAGGCCAAAACCAGUUCCUUCUUCCAGGCCAGUCCCCUGUUACCAUCUCCCAAUCUGCCAGUGCAGCUCGACCGCUGCUGACCCCCAGUCACCACGGCCCCUCACUCCACAGCGUGAACCCCUCCACCGGGCAGCUCAUCGAAGGCUCUCAGAUCCUUACGGUGCCCCAGAGACAGCUGAACUUCAGCCCCGUCUUCACCACCCCUUCAGGGCAGCUAGCGCUCCGCCAGGCCACUGUGCUUUCAGGACCUUUGCAGCUACAGUCAGCGCCCCCUACUGUCUUCCAGAUGCCAGCGCAGCUGGCUGGAACCUACACUGCAGGAGGGCAGGGGCAGCGUGCCACCCUGGUCCACAGUCCCGCGCUUGGAAACCACAUUACCUUGAUCAACAGUUCAGGGGUGCUUCCUCCAGAUCUCACUUCCAUAUCGAUCGUAAAUGGGCCCUCGGUGGUUCAGGGCCUGCCUUUCGCUGCCCAGGCCCCGGCUCCUCAGACAGGAGUGACGGAGGGACAGCUGAGCCUCCAGCAGGCCUCUGUGGUGCUGCUGCCAGAGAGAUCCAUUCAGGAGGAGAGGAGCAGCUCAGAGGAGACCUUCCACCAACUCCCACAGCCCUAUGGACAUGUCCUCCAGCAUGUCUCAGUGCAGUCAGCCUCUGCAGGGCUGCAGUCCUCCUCCCCUCCUGUAGUCACAGUCCUGCAGCCUCCCCCUGAACCUCCUCUGGCCCCCGAUCCAGCUGUGGAGAUCCCGAAACUACUGAUGCCCCCAGCAGACAUGACCCAAGUAGUGGAGGAGGUGACCCAGUCCAUGAGUCAGAACGAGGCCUUUAUGCAACAUCUGCAGCAGCAAGCACUUAGUUCUCCGAUCACAUCUGACCUGUUGGUUGGAGCGCUGCCAGUGGUGCCGAUGGAGUCUCUCGCCUCCCCGGCGACCAAUGAGAGAGAGACACAGCCGCAGACCCAAGCAGUGUCCGGUCAGGACGCCCGCGCUGUGAUGUCUGACCAGUGUGUCGAGGCGUCUCCGCUUCACUCAGAACCAGAGGACACCCCGCUGAUCUGCUCCUCCCCUCCUCCCGUUCAGGACUCUGAGAGACCAGCUCCGGCAAGUUUCUCCCCUCUGCCUGGACCCGAGGGUUCGGCCCCGCAAAUCACAGCCCCCCAGCCUCGCAUUGAGCCCCAAGUCCAGUACCAGGUCCCCCAUCAGCUCCAGGUCUCCCAGGUCUUAUUCGCCCAGAACCAGGUGCAGGUUCAGUCAUCUGGUUCCCAGCCUGCACCUCACCUCCAGCAGCCGUCUGCCUCCCAGGCUCAGUCCUCGGUCAACGCUUCACUCCACAGUAGUCCCCCCCCUCUGCGUGUCUCGGUGCCUCAGCAGCAGCCUGAACCCACAGCUGCGUCCGCUAGUCUCUCCAAAGGAGGAGACGACUCCGCUGUCCAACAGCACACACAAAACAAGCCAACAGCUGCCUUGGUCGUGGAGAGUAAAGCGUUUACUCUCGAUGUCCAUCCACCCUCUCCCGCAGCUCAGGGGGUCCAGACUCACGGGCCCCCGGCCCCCAGAGAGUGUGCACCUGUCCAGAUGAGCCAGCAGACCGCCGCCAAGCUGGCAGGUCCUCUGGAGCCGCAGCGAGAGGAGAGGCUCACACCAGCAAUGCGCAGGCACAGGUUCCAGCAGCAGAUUUGUUUGGACCACGCAGCAGUUCAGACCCCCUUCACCGGCCCGGCCUUUUCCACGCUGAAGGACGCUGUCAGGCGCCUGCUGCCGUACCACACCUGCGCGGGUCACCUGCCCACUCAGGAUGACUUCAAUUUAGUGGACCAGGAGUUUGACACUGUGUCCGGUUUCCUGCUGAAACGCACCAAGGACAUGGUCAACAAAUACAGGCAGCUACUGGUCAGAGAAACCCAGCAGGAGAGUCCAUCAGCAGAGAUGGUGAUGCUGGAGCGUCUCUUCCUCCAGGCUGAGCGAUGCGCUUUAGCGGAGGACAGACGGAGAGUCCGCAGAGACCCAGAGUCAUUCAUGUCGGCCUUGGCUACAUCAGCGUCUUCCCCCCACGGUGCCCACUCCUCCGGCUCCUCCCAGCUGUGCCCCUCCGGCAGCCCCUCCUCCCCACCAGCCUGGACCAGACUGUCCGACCGGCCCCCGGGACUGAAGACGUACCGCUCCAGCUCCCGCGGGGCCCUCAGGCUCACCAUCAAGCAGGAGUCCGGCUCCCGUAAGGUCGUUCACAACUCCGCCUGCGACCCCGGCCUCAAGAGGGACCACAUGGGGCAGCUCACCAACGGCGGCGGAGCUGUGAACGAGCGCCACCCUCAGGCACCCAACGGUGCGCCCCUGCGUCCUCAGCAUGACGAGGAGAUCUCUAACGGAGCUCUGCCUUGUGACGCCGCGGAGGAAGUCCCACAGACAGCACCCAAUUCCAAAAUAAAAGCCCCUCUUUCUAUGCCAGAGCCACAGGUUGGUUGCUUGGAGUUGCCUCCCAGAGAUGUCAGCGCCCCAAAACUGAAAUGCUACAGGUUGGAUGCGUCGCCUCGGCCGGAGCAGCGGUUCAGCCCGCCGCCUCCCCCGCUCCAAGAGGACAACAUGCUCAGUGAACAUCUACAGAGUGCCAUCGACAGCAUCCUGGAGCUUCAGCGUCUGCAGGGCCCCUCUGCAGCCCCGACCAGGGCCACGUCAGGCCCGUCACUGGACCAGGCUGUCACCAGCAUCCUGGAGGGACACCUGUGAGGUAAUCCGCACCGACAGACGUCCACACAGACGCAGAAACAUCUGUCUGAGGUGGUGACUUCUGAUCUGUUCCCAGAACUGAAUGAGAUUUUGUUUCUGGGAGAUUAUACUUAAAAAAAAAAACUGAUUGUUUGAGAGAAGAGGGAGCAGGAAAAAAAAUUAAGAGGCACUAUAAAGAGAUGCAUACCAGACAACAGCACUAUCUAUAGUCCGAUAGAUGUUAGAUACUUCAUUUCGAUGUACGUUU